AGUCAGUGUCCAAGACUCACAAGCAUAUUGUUAUAAACCUGGUGGUGGAACAGAUGGGGGUAGUGGUGUGUGUGUAGUCAGGCGACGCAAAUCGCCCCAGUCCAGCGCAGGACGAGCGGUCAACUGUGACCAGUGACAGUACAUGCUAGUUCGGCAACGACCUGUGUGUAAAUAUUACGCACGCAAGUCACGGCGAUUGUGAUCAUUCUGAGUGGUCAAGAACGUUCCAUCCGAUUCUAGAAGGCCAGUAGAGACAGUAUAUAAGAGCGAGUGUGUCAGAAAGACUGGACUUCACGUUACCUCGCAAUGUGACCAGUACUAGGCGAAGUUAGAAACAGUACGGUGUGUGAAUUCAGGCGGAGCAAGGCUAGGUUUUUGGACAGUUUGUGUAAUAUUGUUGCCAACUGUACAGUGUUGUAUUGUAUUUGAAAUUAAAUUGCUACUUUUACUUUGGAGCCCUGAGUUGUGAGGUUCUUUAAGUUCGUUGUGUCGUGUGGUGCAGUUUGAAGAGAGCCUGGAUAGCGAGAUUCGUAACAAUAUAAAACACUUGCAGGAGUGCAAAGCCCAGAAAUAGACCAUCAUUUAGACAAAUUCUCAUGCACCUUGAGAUUGCCUCUGCUGAAUUACUUCGGUUCAGUCGGGAGGACUUUUCUGAAUCUCAAGAAAUUAGGAGGAAAGAGAUUCGUGCAAAUUUCCAAAAAAUGAAAGCUGAAGGUUCCAACUUACCGCAGCUAGAAGAAGAGCUUAUAAAAAGAAGAAAAGAAGGGUUAAGACAUGCACAAGAUGUCAGAGAGCAUUAUGAAAGCAAGUUGGAGUGUGCUAACAAUUUGUAUAUGGAAUUAACAGCUUGUAUGAUGCAACUGGAAAAGAGAGAACAGGAGCUCAUCAAACGAGAACAACAACUGACUUUGUACAAUAAACAUAGAAAGAGUAUUGUUCGACCAAUCAUAAAAGCUCAAGAAAAGUUAGAUCGACUUGGUAAAAAACGUACACAUAGGUCAGGGUCUGAAGUCACGACGUCCGACUCUAUGAAAAACACAGAAGGGAGCAUGACAACUAGCUCUGAGCUGGUACCUGCGUCUCCUACAAAAAUGCAUGCCAGGAAGUCUCGUCAUCGUCGGAAUAACAGCAGAGGGUCUAUGAAAGACAUUACCUCUGCUCAAAUCUCAAUCUACAUAUGAAGCAUCACUGGACACCCAAA